GUUCUUCACCUAUCUAACUACAAAGUUUUCAGUUCAUCAUUUCCAUCUUUUCCCAACUGUUCUGCAGUUUUCCAUGUGAGAGAUCAGGAAGGAAACAAGGUUUACAGUAAGAAGGCCAUAAACUAUAUAGAGCAGGCAAUAUGUACUAGAGAUUCUGGGAGGUUCACAGUGACAAGAUCAAAUGAGCUUGCAUCCAAACCAGAUGUUGCCACACACUAUACAGGAAUUGAAAUGAUUGGCCACAACCGGCCUGGAAUUUUCUCUGAGAUAUCUGCUGUUCUUGCUGAGCAGGGGUGUAAUGUUAUGGAAGCGCAUGCUUGGAGCCAUAAGGAUAGUUUAGCUUGUGUUGCAUUUGUGUCUGAUGAAUCAACAUCAACCCGCAUCAAUGAUCCAGACCGCCUAGCCUCUAUUCAGGACCAUCUUUGUACUGUUCUUGGACCGGGUACCUCGGUGGAUGAAGAUGGGCGUCGCGCAAGAGCUCAUCUGCUUGGGGUUGAUGGGCUGACAAGCCAUCCCGAGCGGCGGUUGCAUCAGCUAAUGUUUGCUAGUAAAGAUUUUGAUGGGCAGCCGGGACAGGUAUCUGCUGCCUUCCCAAUGCUUAGUUUGGAUGGUUACAAAAAGGGCAGUCGGACGGUGGUCUCUGUUGAUCGGUGCAAUGAGAAAGGAUAUUCAGUCAUAAGUGUUGAAUGUGUGGACCGGCCAAAGUUGAUGUUUGACACUGUGUGUACGCUCACCGACAUGCAAUUCGAUGUCUUCCAUGCCUCAGUUUCUUCCUGUGGGCCUUUUGCCUGUCAGGAGUAUUACAUCAGACACAGGGAUGGACAUAUUCUGGACACUCCGAAUGAAAGGUGCUUAGUUGUGAAAGGCGUGAAAGCUGCAGUGGAGCGGCGAACUUGUGAGGGUGUGAAGCUGGAGCUAUGCACUGAGAACAACGCAGGUCUCCUGUCGUAUAUUACUCGGGUCCUCCGGGAGAACGGGUUAACGGUUACGCAGGCAGACAUUGCCAUGGACGGGGACAUGAUGAAAAACACAUUAUACGUCCAAGGCAUCUCAGACAACAAGAUCGACAUGGAUGUCGUCGAGUCUGUCAGGAGGGAGCUUGAGCCCCUGUCCUUCCAGGUGAAGGAUGAUUGGCUUAUGUCCCCAGGGCAACUGGAAGGCGAACCUGUGGCCGAGAGAAAUGGCUUCUGCAUCCUUCGCCUGCUGAGGUCGAAGUUAGAGAGCCUGUCUCAUGGUUUCAUCUCCUCCGGGUAGUUUGGCUCCGUUAAUGUGAUGGUCUUUCUGCAGCCUGGGCUGUGUAUAGCUGUAGAUAGUUCGUGAUGCACAUCUGUGCUUGUGCGGUGUAUAUAUAUGUGUGUGUGUGUGUGUGUGUGUGUGUGAUUUUUGGUUUCAAGCAAUAGCCACUCUGCCACUGUCCAUAAAUCCCUGUCUCUUCUACUCCCUCCGUUCACUAUUAUCUUAAGAUGUUGUAGUAACUUUUUUUUUUCAAAUUUAGAUGUAUAUAAACGCACUUUAGUGUA